ACAUCUCCCUCUUCCCUCUUCCUCCUCUCUCCACCCAUCCUCCACCUCCAUCCGAAAAUGCCAGAUAUACGCCAACGCAAACCAGCGCCCUCAAAUGACAACGACAAACCCAAACCCAUCCCCAAAGAAGUCCUCGAGAAAGAAGACGGCAGCGGCUUCCCGCUCCUCGAUAUCCUGCGCGCGCUCGUCUUCGUGCUGCUGGCUAGCUCGGCGCUGAGCUAUUUCGUUACGGGGGAGAGCUUUUUCUGGGGUGUACAGAGACCGAAGUGGUCGAGGUUAGAUGUCGUGAAGGCUUAUAUGGCCGGACCUAAACAGUACACAGACGCCGACCUCGCCUUGUACGACGGCACGAACCCCGAGCUCCCCAUCCUCCUCGCCAUCAACGGCACAAUCUACGACGUCUCAGCAGGCCGCAAAUUCUACGGCCCCGGUGGCAGCUACAGCUUCUUCGCGGGCGCGGACGCCAGUCGUGCGUUUGUGACGAAUUGCUUUACGGAGGAUCGGAAUCCUGAUCUCAGGGGUGCGGAAUGGGCGUUUAUACCGAGGGAUGAUGCCGAGGUUGAUGGGCUGUAUAAGAGUGGUGAACUGAAAAACAUCAAGGCGCUCGAGAAACGCAACGCGAAGCUCGAAGUCCACAAAGCGCUGAAGCACUGGGUUGAUUUCUUCGAGAACAGCCCGAAAUAUACGAAGAUUGGACGCGUAAAGAGGGAGCCGGGGUGGGAGACCAAGGGGCCGUUGCAGACGCUGUGUGCGAAGGCUGAGGCGGCGAGGCCGAGUGCUAGGGCCAGGCCGGAGGGGAAGUGA